UUUAACUUAUCUGCCAUUUUGUAGCCGUACAGUCUGGUUAGAUGAAGUGAAGUUGUUUGCGAAGAAGGAACCAAAUAUGUCAAUGUUCACGUUAUUUUUAAUUUGUAGCUUUAAUUAAAGUACAUUACCGUGUGAUUUGUUAGAACAAGUGGCGUUAGUCACGGUCGUCCGACUUUUUAUAUUGUAAUCAGACGGGCGACAUCGUGUCGGACUUCAUCUUGUUUACCUUUGGUUGUAGCAGGAGAGCUAACGCCAGCGCCGUUAGCCUACUUCCUUGCUAGCCUGCCCAGUUCUAGCGUUAGCUUUCUAACGCUAACUCAAAUCUGUGGUGAAAUGGCGGCCAACACGACACAAGCCACCCCAGCUACUAACUGGUCCUAUGGUGCUCCUGGAGAUGACCAGGUUCAUGAAAACCCAGAAUGGGAGAAAGCAAGACAAGCACUAGCAUCCAUUAACAAGAGUCAAAGUUCUGCUAAGACUACACAAGCCAACCGGGCCACAGCAGAGGCCGGUCAGUUCCAGCCAGCAGUGACAGACUCUGCAGCCAUUCAGCAGCAGCAGCAGUACUAUCCAUGGUACCAGCAGACCCAGCAGCACUAUCCUGGAUACACAUACCCCUAUAACUAUUACUACCCCAUGGGUCCAUAUGGAGCUACAUAUCCACCAAAUCAGUAUGGUGUACCCCCAGCACCAUACCCAGGAACUCCACCUGCCAAUGGACAGCCUCCCCCAGUGCCUGGAAUGGAAGACCAGUCCCCCAGCUAUCCCUCUCAACCACAGCCCCCUCCCCCUGCUACUCCCCAGCCACCCCAGAGCCCAACCACCUCAGAGAACCCCCCUCCUCCUCCACCCCCACCUAUUCCUCCCCCACCCAACUCCCAGUACCCCCCUCCUCCAUCACAAAAUGCAUACAGUGCCAACAACUCCAUGCCAUACCCACCUGGUGACCCCAACCAAAUGCAAGUCUACAAUCAUUCCCAGGGGAGACCUAACUAUGGCCAGGGCUUCCAGGCCCAGAAUACUUAUCAGCCCUCUCAGAAUACCUCCCAGCAGCCAGGCCAGUAUGUACCAGGGUUAGGCAGAGGAGAUGGUAACAAAAACAAAAACCAAAAACAAGGACAACAACUGUGGCACCGCAUGAAACAGGCACCUGGGACAGCUGCUGUGAAGUUCAAUAUUUCCAAGAGACCCUAUCAGGUUCAGUGUUCUCCAAUUUCCAAUCAGGCUUUCCCUCCAGGCGAGCAGCCUUCAGGACUGAAUCCAGCUCCCUCCUCCCCAGCGACUGCCAGCGCUGCCCCUGGAGGUGCUCAGACACGACCCCAGGACUGGCCCCAAGCAAUGAAGGAAUAUGUGCAGCGCUGUUUUACAGCCUGUGAGACAGAGGAAGACAAAGAUCGCACAGAGAAGGUGCUAAAGGAAGUCCUGCAGGAUCGGUUAAAGGAUGGUUCUGCUUACACCAUUGACUGGACUCGUGAGCCACUGCCAGAACUAAAAGUCAAGCAGUCUCGAUGGGAAGCUGUCCCACCCCAGAGGACAUCAGAUACCUCAAUUAGCCGUGGUGGAAGUACAGUGGCUGCCGCUUCAAGAGGCAGGGGUGGUGGACACAGAUUGGGCCACUACAGGAAUAUAUUUUCUCAAAGGAGUCCAUCCUCUAGUUCCUCACGUUCCUCCUCCCGCUCCCCAUCCCCCUCCCAUGGCAGACACAGGGACCGCAGCAACCAAAGGCACAGGCGAAGUGAUUCUGGCUCACAGUCAGACAGCAGCAUCUCCAGUGACCUCCGACCUCAGCUGUCAAGACGAAAUCAGAAAGGAGCACGGGGUCGUGGUAAUGACAGGGACAGAGGACGAGGAGGUGGAGAGAGAGGACGAGGAAGAGGAGGAAAAGCCAACAGAGGAAGACGAAACAUGGAAGAGUCCGGUGUUGGAAAGAAGAGGAAAGGUGGAAGUGCUGGUCUGGAUUUCCACGACCCCAACAGAGAGGCCAAGAAGCAGAGCAGAGCAGCUCGUUUCCACAAGCAGCUGCGUUCAGAGCCCCUGGUUCUUUCCAUCAAUGCCCUGGACCUGCCUGAUGGAACACAGGAAGGGCUCAGCUGGGAGGACUGCCCCAUUGUGGGAACAUGUCAGGACAUCACCAAGCCCUACCUGAGGCUCACCUGCGCCCCUGACCCCUCCACUGUGCGCCCUGUACAUGUGCUGAGAAAAUCUAUGCAGGCUGUGAAAGCCCACUGGAAAACCAAUCAGGACUACGCCUAUGCCUGCGAACAGAUGAAGUCCAUACGACAAGACCUUACGGUCCAAGGAGUUCGAACUGACUUCACAGUGGAAGUGUACGAGUGUCAUGCACGCAUUGCUCUGGAAAAGGGAGACCAUGAGGAGUUCAAUCAGUGCCAGACCCAGCUGAAGGCCCUGUAUAAGGACAAUCCCUCAGAGAACAUUGGAGAGUUUACAGCAUAUAGAUUGCUGUAUUACAUCUUCACUAAAAACUCUGGAGAUCUGACCACUGAGCUGGUGUACUUGACCCCAGCACUGCGGGCAGAUGUGUGUGUGGCUCAUGCUCUUGCCCUCCGUGCUGCCUGGGCAUUAGGAAACUAUCGCCGUUUCUUUAAGCUCUACCUGGAUGCCCCACGCAUGGCUUCAUACCUCAUUGACAAGUUUGUAGAGAGGGAAAGAAAGGUUGCACUUCGGGCCAUAGUCAAAACGUUCAGGCCUGACUUGCCGGUGCAGUAUGUGCAGUCCACUUUGGGCUUCCCUUGUUUAGACUCCUGUAUGACCUUUCUUACUGGGCUAGGUGUCACCUUCACCCCCUCUGACCCCCAAAAAAUAGACUGCAAAACCAGCACAGCUGCUUUGGCUGCCUCCUGAAGGGUUGGGGUGGGGGUGGGGGGGGUAGAACAGUGAAGGGAGACACUAAGGGACCCUUACUUAUUCAAUGCACUGCAUUUCAGACACCUCAGCCAGUUUGGGUAGAGUAGUGGCAGACUAACACCUAUAUAAGACCCACAGAGAAAGAUGGAUGCAGAUUAUUAUCUGACACUCAGAUAAGAGCUGUUCUAAACAUGAGCGAGAAUGUCCGCACACACACUCACUAGUAGCCUAAUCCCCAAGUUAACUCUCUACAUUUAUGUUGCCAGAAAAGUGAGUGAACAGUUUAGAUUUGGGAUUAUCAUGUAGUCUCGGCGCUUAGAGGCCAAGAAGUCACAGAACCAGAUCAGGGAGAAGCCCCCCACCCCCCUUCCUGUUCCUUUACCACCGUCAGAUGUCAAAGCUAACAGUGUUCUGUUAUGUUUUUUCCUUCCUCAAGUCAACAGCUCCAAGACCUGAAGAUUCAAGCCUUGUCAAUGAAAAGGGAAAGGCAAACAGCUCUUCUUCAAGUCAUUUGUCCAGCUGUUUGCUGUUGGAAGUCCAGCCUGCAGAAUCAGAUCAACGUAACAUUUUCCUCUCAGAGACUGUGAGAUGACACAGUGAGAAGAUGCCAGCAGUUUGUCUGAAAGAAGAGGUGGUGGUUUGUAUGUCGUGCCCUGCAUCCUGUUUCCUCCAUGUAUCCACAGCUGGCUGUUCAUCCUGUUCAUUGUCCCCAAGCAUAUGGCCCAUGAAAGCAAUGGACUGAAGUCUAAAGUCAUGUUCCUGAUUUAAUUAAGUAGUAUUCAUCUGUUGGUCUUAUGAAAUGGUUGACCAGCAUUUGGAAGAAGUCUCAGUCUGAUGAGCACUGACUUUGUUUAUGAUAAAGAAUAGAGGCAAGUGUUCUCCAUCAAGUUUAUAUCCUCACCCCUCCAUAUCCUGGAAGCUGAGCUCCAUCUCCAGAAUCAAAGCAGCCAGAGGCAGAGAGGAAAUCUGCUUCCAUCAUCCACAGGUAGAAGUUCUGCCAGCACCUGGAAUCCAGCACACUGUUGUCAGCGCAGCUCUUUAACUUCACCAGCUGUUAUUCAAAAGAAACGGGCUGGCUGCCAUCUUCAAGUACAGCUGAAGGCGAAUUUUACCUGGUAGAGCCUCAAGGGGAAGAUGCUGCUCACUCAGAGGAAUAACGAUGAGAGUGGUUUGUAUGCUACAUCUGGCUCUGGUGUGUUCAAGGCUGGUAAGAGAAAGGGACUUCUCUGGAAGGAGGUGGAUGACGGCACAGCAGAGAUGUCACCUCACAUUUCUUCUGUGUUGAAUGUUUUAUGUCCUGUGUUUUUUUGGACAGCAGUAUUUGCCUUUCUUGUGAUAAAAGGAAGAAGAAUUAUGGAGCUGCAGUCAGGUUCCUUAAAAUUUACAGUUUGAUAUUGGACAAAUUAAUUUAGUAUCAUAACAAAUUUAACAAAAUGCCAAAAGACAGUCAGUAAGAUCCCAUAAAUUUUACUGCACAGAUGCACGCUGCUUUUUGAAUGUUGUGAUAAAGUAUUUAAAUCAAAACAGAAGAGUUUUAAACUGAUGGUAGACAGUAAUUUAAUAAAGGAGAGUGCAGACUAGUGCUUUUAUGUCAGUUUUUCCAAUAGAUAUGAAAUAAUUUUCUAAGAUAAUAGCUGUAAUUAUAGCCCCAGUUUCUGUGGCAGUGGAGUUGUAGUGGUCUUGGUUCUCUCUGAUGUGAUUUGGCCCUUAUUUUUUCUAGGACCCAGGAUAAUCUUGGUGGUGGUGUGCACUGUCUUAGGUGACAAUUAGGAAAAUAUGUACUACAAGACUAAAAACAGUGGUGAUUAGACAACUCAUAAAUGUCAGGGAGUGUAACUCUUAACAAACACAACCAGUUUCACACUUAUUUUAUUUGUGCUGCUUUCUACCUUAUCCUUUAAUUUGGGUCCUCAUACUGAGUGACUGUUGAAACUUAGAACACAGAUCAACAUUGUUUCUCAUAGUUUGUUUUUUGUUUUAAACAGUAUUAAUUACCACUGUAGAGAUAUUGAGCCUGAGGUAUUUACGAUUUUGGUGUCCAGAACAUGAGCAGAUGCAGGCUUGGUGUACAAUCUACAUGUUUCCUUGUCUACAGAGUUUAUUUUUGUAAAUAUUGUAUGAUAUUGCUGUGAUUUCUUUUCAGUUAGUGUUUAGGUUUUCUUUUCUUUUCACACAUGGGUAAGUGUGAAUUGGGCUUUUCUCUCUGGGUUUCAGAAAACUCUAUUUCAAGACUAUUUAUGUGAAUAUGUAAACUGAAAUGCAGAUAGGUCUGGAUUGGAUUGUGUGCAAUGUCUUCGUCAUCACCACAGUGGAUGUAGCGUAGGAGUUGAUAAUUGCCAGAGGAAGUUUUUCCUGUAAACAUUAGUACAAACUCUCAAACCAAAUUUUGGCAACAUGUCAUGCUCAAAUCCCACUGAUACAAAACAUGUGGUUUUUUUAAAAUUGUUCUCUCUUCAGGCAAAAAGCCACAUGUUGUCUUCUCUUUGUUUGUUUUGCGGUAAAGAACAAAAUUUUCAUCAAGCUGACAAAAUGCUCGUUUAAACUUGGAUCAUCCGUUUGUUUCUCAAACUGUUAACCACUAUUUCAGCAAAUGUUCUGUAAUGACAAUGAUCUCAACAUGUUUUCUUUCUUCCCCCUUUCAUCUACCUGACCCACCUGUUCUCUUUGCUGACCCACCCCCACCCCACCCCACCCCCUCCUUCACUCCCUAAACUUCUCUCUCACACACCACCAGACUUCUCAUUCUUCAGCUCGUAGCACUGCUGCAUUGCAGGAGCAAUGAUAAGUGGGCGAUCCUCCUCCAGAUGCCAGCCGGAGAGAGAGAGAGAAUUGUGAGCAAUCAAGUCUUGGGUUUGACCCACUCAAGUUGAAGCCAUACAGCUGAUAAAAUACAUGGGAGCCUCACAUAGUGAAAUGUGGGAAAUGUCUGCUGCUAAUGUGAUUUUGCUGCUAACCCAAAUAUUUAAAAAUGUUUCUCUGUGCAACGUGAUACCUGUUUAGUUUUAAACAAGUGUUUAAAGAAUGUUUUGUUCUUUUCUGUUUGUCCAGAUGCAUUUAGUCAGUUGUUUUCUGGUAAAAUGCGUCGUCAUUUAGUUUUUGUUUCUUGUUUUUUGGUUGUUUUUUUUUCGCCCAAUUUAUCUAUCAUUAGAAAUCAUUUGGCUGGUUAGAGUUUGUAUAUCAAGUUUUACCCCUCAUCAUCUAAAAUGUGUCUGGACAUACAGAACAUGUUGUUAUCCUCAAAUUUCACCUACAUUUUUAAUUUUUCUUUAUUAUUUAGGCAAAGUUUCUUACUUGACAAGUGCUGGUGUGUGCUCCCAUGCUGAGAAUUACCUUUUGGUUUCUUCACAUGUGAUGAACUUGUCAACUGUGAUAGUUGUUUGCUGCCUUAGGCUUGUGUAAAUGUAGACUUUUUACACAGGGUUAAAGUGUGUACAUCUGAUGACUCAGGUUGAAACAGACCAGGAUGUUUGCUUUAUUAUUUUUCUUUUCUGUUUUUUAAGUAGAAUAUUCACCCCAGAUGACUAACAAUACACACGUUCGUUUUGGAUGUGUUUUUUCCUCCGAUGCCUGAGUCAUGUUUUCAGCAUUUUUUGCUCCCAUGUUACUGUUAUACCUCCAUCAGUCUUUGUAAUUCUUUCCUCGAUAAUUGACACUGGAACAAGUCCCAUGUCCCCUCACUUCAAGCUGUGUUCAUUUCCUCCCAUCUCCCUUUUUAACUUGUCUUCAUUUGAGUUUAUCUUGUCUCUCGUUCUCUCUUUUCUCUUCCUCCUCUUUCCUGCAUGCUGCCCUCUCCUCCCCUUUCCUGCUAUCUCUCCUACAAAUCUCUAACCAGUAUUUGUUCUCUUCUCAUUCUUAUCUUUUCCUUUAAUGUUGAGUAUGUUUGUGACUGUUUGCCGUGUGCAACUAGUCACUCUCACUAGUAAGUAUUGUAUUGCGUCUGCAGUGCUUUAAUAGUUUAUGUUGCAGCUCACUAACAACUGAAGCUGAAGGUUUAUCUGCAAUGCCUCCUCCCUGUCCCUCAUUCCCCCCAAUGCCUCUACAGAUCUGAUAUGAUAAACUGCCAUUUUGUAUAUAUUGUGUACAUAUUAUCUUUUGGAAAAAAAAUCUAAUAAAAUUCAAGUAUAAAGGGCA